CACAAAGGGAAGUAACUCUGAACUUCCCGCCACUACUCAAAAACGUUUUCAGCGAAGUGAAUAUUAGUCAGUAAAGAAAAUGUUUACACUUAGACAGUCAUAAACGAAAGUCAAAAUUACAAUGCCUCCAAAAAGACCAACGGGAAAAAAUGAAAAAAACAGAUCAUCAGCACCUCCACCGAGUACCAGAAAUGACCGCAGCAGCGCAAGAGGGGAGAGAAGUUCUCAGUCCAGUCAGCGGCCAUCCACAAGUCAACGACCGUCAUCGUCCCAGGCCCCAGCGUCCACCCAGAGACAGAUGUCCAGCCAGACACAAGCUGACAAGGCGGCUGCAGGCAUUGACAGGGCAGAGCUUGACCGCAAAGUAAAUGAUCUUGUUCAAUAUUUGCUGAUAAUGUGGCAGAAGAAUUAUCCAAUCAAAAAACUAGACAUCAACAAGAAUGUGCUCAAAGAACACCGGUCAGCAUUUGCUCAUAUAAUGAAGAAGGCCCAGGAAAAGUUAGGCAGGGUGUUUGGAGUUGAUGUUGUUGAACUACAAGAUAAAUACAAGGGCAGCUUCAUCCUGCUGAACAGACUUGAGAACGACACAGACAACCCUCAUCUCCUGUGGCCGGAAGAAGACAACACCAAGACAGGCCUGCUGAUGGUGAUUCUGAGCCUCAUUUACAUGAACGGCAAUGUCAUGCAGGACUCUGAGUUGUGGCACUCCUUGAAGAAACUGGGAGUUGAGCCCGACCUUCCUCAUCCAACCUUCGGAGAUGCAAAGAAGCUCAUUACCCAAGAGUUUGUACGGCAAGGCUACAUCGAAUAUAUCCGCCAACAAAAUGUUGACCCGCCUAGUUUCGAGUUCAAGUGGGGUCAAAGGGCACAGCUGGAGACCUCCAAGAAACACUGUCUUACCUUCGUUAGCCAGAUCUAUGACAUGGAUGCGGAGAGAUGGACAUCCCAGUUCCAGGACAUGGUGGAAACGGAGGGACCCUUGGAGAACGGAAACUGAAGAGUGGACUUGUUUCAUGUCACAUCUAUGUGUGAUGUUUAUCUUUUGGAGACAAGCACAUGUGAGAUGGCUUUAAUAACACCUGUGUGACACAUUGAGACAUCUGUGUGAUAUAUCCUAGAUGUGUCUGAGAUCAGGGAGACAAAGCACAUGUGAGAUGGCUUUAAUAAUACCUGUGUGACACAUUGAGACAUCUGUGUGAUAUAUCCUAGAUGUGUCUGAGAUCAGGGAGACAAAGC